GGGAUACCGUAAAAGAAUGGCCAAGCCGUUGGUAGUGCUCGGUCUCGAUGUGGGCACGACCGCGAUCAAGUGCUCGCUCACGACGGCCACGCACGAGAUCUUGGGCCAAAGCAGCGCCACGAUCGCCCAUGCGCCUGGCUCGGUCGUCGCCGUCUCGGCCAUCCUGCUGGCCGUGCAGGAGGCCCUGCGCCCGCUGAUCGGGUUGCUCGGCGCCGCCCAGCUCAACGCCAUUGCCAUUUGUGGCCAGAUGCACGGUAUCGUGUGGUGGUCGGCCGCAGACGUCGCGUCGGCCGUCGCCCACUUUGCCGACGCCCCGCACCCGCUGCCGUGGUCGGAGCUCAUUACGUGGCAAGACACGCGCUGCUCGCGAGUGUUUCUUGAUACCUUGCAGCAGCGCCGAGCGGCCUUCCUUGUCGGCCCGGAAGUAUCGUCGUCGCCAUCGCCACUGGCGUCCGGCUACGGCCUGGCCACGUACGCGCACAUCCUUGCGCAUGCACCUGCAACGCUCGAGCGCUUUGACACGUGCGGCACCAUCAUGGACCUUGUCGCCUUUCUUCUCGCCGGCCUCUCGUCGCCGGCGCACGCUUUCAUGGACACGACCAACGCGUUCAGCUGGGGCGGAUUCGAUCUCGCAACGCUGUCCUGGGACCCUGCCACGCUUGACGCCUGUGGGAUUCCAGCUCAGAAGCUUCCGCACGUGCGCCUCCCGGGCACCGGCGUGGUCGGUGAGACGUCGGCGCCAGCAGCAUCCGUCUUUGGCCUCCCGCUGGGCGUUCCUGUGUACGUGCCCAUGGGCGACCAUCCGUGCGCUCUGGCCGCCUUGCUCGACGACGCCGCCCUCGACGCGACCUCGGCGCUCUUUGUCAACAUUGGAACCUCGGCCCAGCUUGCGUUUGUGCUGGACAGUGCAACGACGAGUCCCAGCGGCGGAAGCUUUGAAGUGCGCCCGUACUUUGACGCGCAGCAGAUCGCAGUCGUCGCUGCCUUGACAGGGGGCAACGUCUUUGCGGCCUUUGUCGCGUCCGCCAUCGAGUGGACGAGAUGUCUGUGUCCGUCCGCGACCCUCUCGCCGAAUGACGUGUAUGCCAAUGUGAUUGCAGCGGCCAAGCGCGAUACGACGCUCACGUGCCGCCCAACGCUACUGGGCGAGCGCACGCCGGGCUUGGAGACGGGCAUCUUGUCGCAGCUGGCGAUGGACAACUGGACGCUGGGCGACAUGAGCGCAGCGAUUGCCAAGGGGAUCGUAGACAACCUCUUUGAGUUGCUCCCCGCGCACCUCCAAGCGUCGCUUCGAACGCGCUGCGUGGUAGGCAGCGGCAAUGCGCUCGUGCACAAUGAGCUCCUGCGCCACUAUGUACAAGAGCGCACGGGCACGACCUUGCGCGUGGCAGCGAGCAGCGACGCUGCCGUGGGGGCCACGCUGGUCGUAUGGCGUCACCUGACGUCGUCGUAAGGAUGCCACGACAUGGAAAUCGAAACAAAUAUGCAGCAAUAUACAUAUUGUCUGUUAGGCAGCAGACACAAUGUACAUGGUGGC